AGCCUAAAUCUGAUUCCAGAUCUACCUAUCCUCAAGUGCAAUCCCACCAGUGAGUCACAUUCUCCUCUGCUACAAGCUAUCAAGGACACUGGUCACAUUGGAAAAGUGGAGCUCAGCAGCUGAUCUUAACAGCCAAUUGAGUGACAGUUAUGGAAGAGCAAAAGAGUGCCAGUUUGGAACAAGAUUUUGAAGGGCAGGCUACACAUACAGGGCCCAAAGGCGUGAUCAAUGACUGGAGAAAGUUUAAAUUAGAAAGUGAAGACAGAGAUUCCCUUCCUUUGAGCAAGAAAGAGAUCCUCAGACAAAUGUCUUCACCACACAGAUCUCUCAGUAAAGAUGAUAAAGACACCAGAGAGAGAUUUAGCCGUAAGAUGAGUAUGCAGGAGUAUGAGCUCAUCCAUGAUGAGCAAGAGGAUGAAAGCUGCCUACAAAAAUACCGCAAACGCUGCAUGCAGGAUAUGCAUCAGAGGCUGAGCUUUGGGCCCAGAUAUGGCUAUCUGUAUGAGCUGCAAAAUGGGGAACAGUUCCUGGAAGUCAUUGAGAAAGAGCGAAAAACCGUCCUGGUCAUUGUUCACAUUUAUGAAGACAGCAUCAAGGGCUGCGAGGCGCUAAACAACAGCUUAACUUGCCUUGCUGCAGAAUACUCCACAAUGAGAUUCUGUAAGAUAAAGGCAUCUAACACAGGUGCUGGAGACCGUUUCUCAACUGAUGUGCUCCCAACCUUGCUUGUCUACAAGGGAGGGGAGCUUCUGAGCAAUUUUAUUAGCAUUACUGAACACUUCAGGGAGGAAUUUUUUGCUGUGGAUGUGGAAUCUUUCCUACAUGAGUAUGGGCUGCUACCCGAAAAGGAGAUUCCAGCACUUGGAAAUGGCAAUACAGAUGAUCAAGAUAUUGAAUAAUUAGAGAGGGAUAUAGCCCUUCAUUAUCUCCUAUUUCUCCAUGUAUUGCAAUUGGAUCUCAGCAGAACCCAUGAUCGUUUAGAGAAGCCUGUGUGUGCUCAUUACUUUAUACGUAAGAUAUACAUAUAUAAAUAUUUCUUAACUAUCAGUAUGUGAACUUUAUUUAAAGCACAUCUAGCAGGCCUACACAUUUGUUUCUAUGCAAUCUCCACUAAUAACAAAAUUAGGAGAAAAUGCAGGUGACAAUCAUAGGUUUUACGUUAGACACAGGUCUUAAAAGGUAAUUUAGGCCAAUCCUGGGCCCACUAAAGCCAAAAGAAGGUUAGCAUCUAAUGUCAGUCAGAACAGAAUCAGGCCCUUCGAAACUCCUUCAGUGUAUGCAACUCCUGCGGGAAUUCUGCGCCAAUGCCCAUGUGCAGAAUUUAUGUCACUGCAGAUUUUUUUUUUUUGAUUCCCCACAGAAAAAUUGCUUUGAGGGGGAAGCCA